AUGGCUCCCGGGGAGCUGCUGACCGUUCAGCUGGGCCCCCGGUCGAACUUCGUCGGUUCCCACUUCUGGAACCUCCAGGACGAGCUUCUAGGACUCCAAGGCGACCCGAACUGGCCCUCCCUGGAGUCCUACCUCUACGACGGGGCGCUUUUCUCGCAGGGGGAGAAGGCUGACGGCACGCCGACGUACACGCCGCGUGUACUGAUCGUCGACGCGCGAGGCGCGGCCGGGAGCUGGUCCGUCCAGGGCGAAUUGGCGGGGCCGCGAGGCGCUGUUGCCCACCCCGAUGCAGCUCCCGCGGCGCCGUGGGGCGGAGCCACGCGGACGACGCGCCAGGAUCCCGUCCCGGAAUCACACUUCCAGAGAGAGCUGCGAGACUGGGAUGCGACCGGCGCGGACACCGCGGGCGCCGGCCCCGCCGCUGAAACACACGCCGACGGAGCAUCGCGUCUCGAGGCCGCGGCUGCGCGGUUGGAGAGCGACGCGCGGUACUACACGGACUUUCUGAAGACGUACUUGCAUCCAAAAUCGAUAUUCGAGGUGCCGGGAAUCUGGGCGGGCGCCGGCAGCAUCGAGUUCAGGGGGUUCGGCGCCGGUCUGCAACUGGCGUCGGCUGCGGACGUCCGCGACGAGAUCGACGACAGGCUCCGCCACCUGGCCGAGGAGUGCGACCAUCUGCAGGGAUUCCAGAUCAUGGUCGACUCCGGCGGCUGGGAGGGCCUCGCUUCGGCGAUCGUCCCGGACAUUGCCGACGAUUACGGGCCGAAACCCGUUCUUUUAUUCUCCAUGCGGGAUUCGGCUGCCGAUGCCGCUGCGUCGCACGCCGGCGCCCUGGACGCCCAUCCAGACUACGAGGGCGACGACGGCGACCCGUACGCGCGCAUCCGGCAGCUCAGCGAAGGCAUGGCGUUGCACCGCCUGUCAGGUUGCGUGGGGGGUUACGUUCCAGUGGAUCUGAGCCUGGCUGGGGUCGGGGGCCCGGACGACGCGGCGGGCGCCGGCUGGCCGCUGUACGCUUCGUCCGCGCUGGUCGCGUCCGCGCUGGACGCGGUGACGUCGCCGUGUCGGGCUGGCGGCGGCGCGGGCGCUGCGGACGCGUACUGGCCCGAGUCGCUGGGGGCGCCCGUCGGAGCGGUCAGUCUGCCUGACAUGCUCAGGACGGUCUCCGGGCAGCGCGGCCCGGUGGCGUGCCUGUCCGCGAGUCUCCCGGCGGCGCGCGUCGGACCAGGCGUGCUCCACGCGGGAGCGCGGGGACUUAUGGGGGGUCUCAAGGGGGGGGUAUUGGGCAAGGGGGUCCGCGGGGAGUGGGUGGUGGCCCGCGGUGUGCGGACGCGCGGCGCCAGCGUCAGCUACGCGCGUGCGGACGUCGUCGAGGAUGCUGUCGCGCGAGACAUGCAAGGCGAGGGCGUGCCCCACGUGGCAGGCAUGACGUCACUCCCCGUGCCGUCGCUGCUGCCAGUGACGUUCCCAGCGCGGCUGCUCGAGCGUCUGGGCGCGGAGGGGGCGUGUUACGGGGAGUGCAAGGCCCCGGGGUGCGCGGUGCUGACGCGGCUGCAGAGCGGGACGGAGGUCGCCGGGUGGGUGCGUGGGCGGCGCGAGGCGCUGCGGCGCGCCGCGGGCGGCGCGGGCGGCAAGGCGCUGCUGGCGAGCUGGGGGUGCGAGGAGGACGACGUGUUGCAGGCGACGGAGGAGCUGGAGGAGCAUGCCAACAUGUACGAGGACGAAAUGCACUGA